AUGGCCGAACAGGCAAUCAACACCGAAUCCAGCGCUGCAGAAGAGAUCGCCGCUCUCGUUGCUCGCUCGCACGCCGCGCAAGAGCAGAUUGAACAUUAUACCCAGGAGCAGGUAGACAACCUGAUCCGCGCCAUGGUCUGGGCCGUGGCCCGCCCGGGUGUUGCGGAAGAAAUUGCUCAGUUCACCGUUGAUGAAACCCAGUUAGGCAAUUACGCCGGUAAGUUCCUGAAAAUACAGCGUAAAACCCGAGCCACCCUGAUGGACAUCAUCGAUGACAAAUCUGUCGGCAUUCUGGAAGAAGACCCCGAGCGGGCCAUUGUGAAAAUUGCCAAACCCAUGGGGGUUAUCGGAGCACUGUCACCGUCAACCAAUCCUGAAGCCACACCGGUCAUCAAAGCGAUUCACGCGGUCAAAGGUCGCAACGCUAUUAUUGUGGCGCCACACCCGCGGGCGAAACUGACCAACAAGAAGAUCUGUGACCUGAUGCGCGAGGCGCUGGUAAAAAUGGGCGCACCGGCGGAUCUGGUGAUCGCCAUCGAAACCCCCAGCCUCGAGCUGACCAACGAACUGAUGCGACAGUGUGAUCGCGUGCUGGCCACCGGUGGCGGCGCCAUGGUAACGGCUGCGUAUUCAAGCGGAACACCCGCGUUAGGUGUUGGCGUAGGUAACGCCGUGAUUACUGUUGACGAUACUGCGGACCUGGAUGACGCUGCAGAAAAAAUUCACAUGUCUAAAACCCUCGACCUGGCAGCUUCCUGUUCGUCCGAUAAUUCCGUCAUUCUGCACAAUGACAUCUAUGACGCCAUGCUUGAAAAACUUCAGGCCAAAGGCGGCUAUGUUGUGAACGAUGCAGAAAAAGCGCUGUUGCAACAGACGCUCUGGGAUAAUGAAGGACAUCUGAAUACCGAUAUUGUUGCCCAACCUGCAGAAGUUAUUGCAGCCAAAGCCGGCAUCACUAUCCCCGAAAAUACAGAAUUUUUUAUUGUGCCGGAAACCGGCUGGGGCCCCGACUAUCCCUUUUCAGGAGAGAAACUGUCAGUUGUGAUGGCUUUGUACCAUGCGCGGGACAUUGAUCAUGCUAUUGAGCUGACCAACCACAUUCAGGGUUAUCAGGGACAGGGACAUUCGUGUGGCAUCUACUCCACCAGCGACGCCAAUAUCAUGAAACUGGCGGAAGCGACCAAAACCUCACGGGUGAUGGUCAACCAGCCCCAGGCCGCCUCCAACAGUGGCAACCUGUGGAAUGGCAUGCGCCAGACCUUUUCCCUGGGUUGUGGCUCCUGGGGUGGCAAUGGCACCAAUCACAAUAUUUCCUGGCGCGACCUGAUCAACGAAACCUGGGUAUCCAGACCGCUGCCACAAAACAAAGAGCUGACCUCUGACGAACAGCUCUUUGGCGACGUUAUCGAAAAACUAGGUUAG